CGACACACGUCUUGCAACCGCUAGAUUUUGCUGUGUUCAAAAGUUUCAAAACAAAUUGGGACAAGCAACUUUGUAAAUGGCAGCGCAAAAAUCCUAGAAAGAAAAUUCCUAAACAAGAUUUUGUAGCAAUUCUUACUAAGCUUUCCCGAGAAUUGCUUGCGACAAAUAUUACCAAUGGCUUUAAAACCACUGGCAUUUAUGAUCCUGACAAGCUAGGACACAACCAGGAGGCAAUUCCUCUAAUAGUGUUUAAACCAGAUGACUUAAAGAGAUACAACAAAACUCUCCCCCAUCCAGGGGUUGACCAGCCGGAAAUAGUCACCACACCUUUAGCCACUACGCAGUCAAAAGAAGAAGCAACCUCAGUCAUUACCCAGUCAGAAGUUGAAAUUAAUUCUCCAAUAAAAUCUAGCACAUCCACAGCCACUGCACAGCAAAAUGUAACAGUAGUUGUUACCAUGGCCAGAGACUACAUGCCCAUGCUUUUAGACAGGCUUACAACAUCCGCUGCUGCAGCUCAAUCAGUAUUAGCCACCACACCCACAGUGACGACUUUAACAUCAGAAGUAGUUACAAAAAUAGCUGUUAUAUCCACAGCCAUAACGUCACCAGUAUCGUUUGAAGAUUUAUUAUUAGACAUGAUGAAAAAAGGAAAAAAAAACCAGAAAAUCAAGAAAGGAAGCAUAAUAGAUUUGUAACAAACUGUGAGAUUAUCAUUACCAAACAAUAUCAAUUGCAAAAAGAACAGAAAGAGAAAUUAAAAGAAGAAGAAAUACAAAGAAAAAAGCACAAAAUAUCUAACAAAAAAGAAAAAAUUAAAACUGUUAUAAAAAAAGUUCAAAAAAUAAAAAAAAUGAACCAAGAGAUGAGUCAAGUGAAGAAGACACUUUUUCUCUUACAAGACAGUGAUGAAGAUACAACUAUGAUGAAUUCUUCUGAUGACGAAGACGACUCCGAUGUAACUUGUCUACAUAACGGAGAUUACUGUGUCGUUAAAGUAUGCGGAAAAACUCCUCAAUCUUUUAGACUGUAUGUUGCAAAAGUUUUAAAGAAAAUAAAAGAUAGCUACGACGUAAUAUUUUGCAAAAGACAAAAUCAAUUGUGGAAAUUUACGGAAACUACAGAGGAAGCUUUUAUACUAGCAUUAAAGUCCCAGUUAAGUGUUGUUUACGAAAUAACUGAAAUUAGUGAUAAAAAGACGCCCAUCAAUGUGUUAAUUUUUCUUAUAACAACUGGUUUAAAUAAGUCUUUUUGUGAAGUCGUCAAGUUGUGUGAAUUAGUACUAACCAUCUCAACCACAAGUGUGUCAGUUGAGCGAAGUUUUACAGCUUUAAAGCGCAUUAAAAAUUUAACACAAAAUUUAACAAGUGAAGACAGACUCUUUAAUUUAGCCCUAAUAUCCAUUAAAAAACAGCUUGUUAAACAGUUAUCAGAAAAUUCAAAAAUUUUACGACGAUGUUAUGGACAAAUUUGCAGCCAUUUAGGAUAG